AUGGCUGACUACUUUGCUAGGGCAAUGUUUAACGUGCCUGUUGGCCUUCAAACUGCUUUGUGCUUGGAUGAACUUGCCAAAAUUGUUGAGUGUAAGAAGAAUGACCAAUUAGUGCAACCAGUUUUUUAUAACAUAGAUCCAUCAGAAGUUCGUAAUCAAAAAGGAAAGUUUGGAGAUGCAUUGUCUAAACAUGAAGAAAAAUUAAAAGAUAACAAGAAGGUGCAAAGCUGGAGGGAAGCUUUACAUGAAGCUGCCAAUAUAUCUGGUUGGCAUUAUAAGCAUGAGUAUGUUCCUAUAUUUAAUGACUACUUUUAUGCACUUAACAGCUGUAUUGAAUUUGAAUUUAUCCAAGUAAUUGUUGAAGAGAUAUCAAAUUCUAAAUUAAAUCGGAUGCCAUUAUUUGUUGCUAAAUGUCCAGUUGGAAUAAAUUCUCGCGUAGAGACCAUAAUAUUGCAAUUAGAUAUUGGGUCAAAUGAUGUUCGUAUGUUAGGUAUGUAUGGCCCUAGUGGAAUGGGUAAAACAACCAUUGCAAAAGUUGUUUAUAACAAAAAUUUUUACUGUUUCAAAAGAAGCUAUUUUUUGGAAAAUGUUAGAGACAAGUUAAGGACAUUUGAUGGCAUCAUCCAACUACAAGAGACACUUCUUUGUGAGACCCUAGGGAAUAGACAACUGAAGGUGUGCAGUGAAUCGAAAGGAACCAUUGCGAUAGAGAACCUACUUGGCAAUAAAAGAAUUCUUCUAAUUCUUGAUGAUGUGGAUAAAUCAGACCAAAUAGAAAGAUUGAUUGGAGGAUGUGAUUGGUUUGCUUCUGGAAGUUGA